AUGACAGGUGAAAUCCCAGAGAUAAAAGUAAGACAUUUGAAUACAGAUAAUAGUCAUUUGCGAUUAGAAAUAUGCAUGUGCGGUGAUCCAAAACUGGCACAGAUGUUACAUUGGAUUCAAGGCAAGCCAAUAAUCCAACAACGUAUACUGCCCAGCCCGGCUGUGUCAAUACCGAUGGCUGGCCCCACCCACGCCCCCGGAGAUGAAAACACCAACAUCAUAUUCAGCCCGUGGAAGGCUUUUGGCCCCUUUGUCGAUACUAUACAGGAUGGAGAAGUUCUUCCAAGUCAAGAUACAGUGAUGUUUCCAACAUCAAAACAAGAGAGCCUUGAUGAAGAUGUCACUGACCCAAUACCAACCAGUACGAGAGAGUCGUCAAAUAAGGUGGCCUCAAUCAGCCAGUUGUCGUUCCUAGUGAGACCAGACAGCUUCGAACGUGGCCAGUUAAGACUGACCUGUGUUUCCACGGUCCACUCGGUAUAUAACGAGAGGGCUGAGUUGGUCAUCAACGAGGAACGGCCACAGAUCGCAUCUGUGCUUGGCACCAGAGACCGCUGUUCUGGUAAGUAA